UAAUUCACAAGAUUUCAUUGUGAAAUACUAUGAAAUUAUCGAGUCUAUAUACUACAAUAUGUUCAGUUAUUCUUUUAACUGUUUAUACAUUUUUAUUAUAAUUAUUAAAGUAACAUUCAGUGUACCUUUGAAAGGGUUUACAGAAGAAUCAACUAUUACAACUGUUAGCUAUGAGCAUAAAGCAUCUGGUACUGGUAAUGAAGAUGAUUCCAAUUGGACAGUAAUUUCACAUGAAGCACUUCAUGAAGCAUUGAAUUCCACAGAUGAUUCUUUAGAUCAUGAUGAAGAAACCACCACCACCACAACAACAACACUAACAUCAUCUUCUUCAUUACCUCUGACAACGACUACAGAGACGACUACCAGUAAAGAGAUGGAAAUAACAACAAUAAAAUCUUCAGGAAUUUCUUCAUCAGAAAGCAUGGCGAAUUCUCAACAAGCACAAUCGAAAAGGAUACUAAGUAAGAUACUGAAUAAUGAACCAACAAAUGGAAUUAGUUCAAGAGAAAAAGAAGAACUAAUACCUGAAAAAGCACCUGUUGUCACUACCACCACAGAACUAACAUCAUCAUCAUCAUCAACAAUGCCAAUGGUAGAAACAGUAACUAGUUCAGAAGCAACUGUUCAAUAAACACAUAUUAUGAAAUACUCUAUGAAGAUUCAUCAGUUAUCUUCUCCUUUCAAAAAAAAACACAAAACAAACAAAUAAAAGAAAAACAUUUCUAUUCAGAUGAGUGAUAAUUCAUUAUAAUAUUAGUGUAAUUUUAUCCAAAUUCAAUUUUAUUAUACUGUUUCUAAAAUAUUUC